UCACCGGCUGCUUAUAGUUUGGCAAAAAAUCUAAUGAUUAGUAUUUUGGAAUAAAAUUAUAAAUGUAGUAACAUUAAAUUUGCACAAGUGAUCAUGCUUUUAAAAUAUAUUUUGUUCGUAGCUUUGCUAUUUGCCCUUGAACUUGAAUCCGCCUAUACAAAAACAAACUCGAAGAAUGCGGCGGUAGAAGGAAUUGCUGACAUGAAAGAGCUUAAAAAGCUCUUCAGGACAAAAAAUAAUGUAUUGGUUCUGUUUGUAACAAGCUUAAAAGAAGCCCAAGGAACGGUUACAGCAUUUCGCGAAGCUGCCGAAGUCAUCAAAGGUCAAGGUACAAUGGUACUCCUAGAUUGCAGCAAUAGCGAUAUGAAGAAGAUUUGUAAAAAGCUUAAGGCUAAUCCCGCACCACACGCACUAAAACAUUUCAAAGACGGCGAUUUCCAUAAGGACUACGACCGACAGUUGACAGUUACUAGUUUGGCUAAUUUUAUGCGAGAUCCUACUGGAGAUUUGCCCUGGGAAGAAGAUCCGAUUGGAGCCGAUGUUGUACAUGUUCCAGAUUCAAUUGCUCUUGCAAAAUUUCUCAAAAAGGAACUGCGUCCGGUGCUAGUCAUGUUUUAUGCACCUUGGUGUGGUCUCUGUAAAACUCUUAAACCUGAUUUCUCAUCGGCCGCCAGUGAGCUGAAACCGAAAUACGUCCUUGCAGCCAUAGAUGUAAAUCGGCCAGAGAAUUCCAUUAUUCGCAAGCAGUAUAACAUAACCGGUUUUCCAACGUUGCUUUAUUACGAAAAUGGUCGUUUGAAACAUACGUACGAUGGGGAUAACAACAAAGCUGGAAUAGUUAGUUUUAUGAAAAAUCCAAACUCGCCGCCUCCAGCAAAACCCAAAGAAACAGACUGGGCAUCAGAGGCAAACUCCGAGAUUGUACAUUUAAAUAAUGUUAAUUUUGAGCCAGCGUUAAAAGAUGAAAAAUCUGCGCUGGUUAUGUUCUAUGCGCCUUGGUGUGGUCAUUGUAAAAAGAUGAAACCUGAGUAUGAGAAAGCAGCAAGUUUAAUGAAGGAGAAAAAGAUCGCGGGUGUAUUAGCCGCUUUGGAUGCUACUAGGGAGCAAACGAUUGGACAACAAUUCGGGGUAAAAGGUUAUCCAACAGUGAAAUAUUUCAGCAAUGGCGAGUUUAAAUUCGAUGUGAACAUUAGGGAGGCAGUUAAAAUUGUCGAAUUUAUGAAGAAUCCAUCUGAACCACCACCACCUCCGGCCCCAGAAGUUCCUUGGGAGGAGGAAGAAAACAAAGUGAUCCAUCUCAACGAUGAGACUUUCAAAACGUUCUUGAAGAAAAAGAAACACGCCUUAGUGAUGUUUUAUGCUCCAUGGUGCGGUCAUUGCAAACGGGCUAAACCUGAAUUUGCGAAUGCUGCAGAACAUUUCAAAGAAGAUCCCAAGGUAGCCCUAGCUGCUGUUGAUUGCACACGCUACAGUGGAACUUGUGCUGCCUAUGAAGUACGUGGUUAUCCAACGCUGAAGUAUUUCAGCUAUCUGAAAACGGUUAAAGAAUACAACGGGGGAAGGACACAGAACGAUUUCAUUAAAUUUCUUUCGGAUCCAGAAGCGCCAGCUCCAGAAAAACCACCUCCAGAGCCAUAUGGAGACUUUCCUGGUUCGGAGAAGAUAAUUAUUAUUAACGAUAAGAACGUAGAUGACGUGCUACAAAAUGAGGAUCGUUUAUUGGUCAUGUUCUACGCUCCGUGGUGCGUACACUGUAAACGUAUGAAGCCGGACUUUGCCGAAACAGCUAAUCUACUGGUUAAAAAUAAUGUACCUGGCAAGGUAGCCGCUGUUGAUUGCACUGAACAAACCAAAACAGCCGAAAAAUUCGGAAUUCAAGGCUUUCCCACGCUAAAAUACUUCGUGCGGGGGAAGUUUGUUGCCAACUACGAAGGAAAGCGUACGUCCCAGGCAAUGUACGAAUACAUUCGCUCAAAUGGAGCCACCACCAAAGACGAACUGUAAAAAGCCGAGGCCAGCACGCCGUUUGUGAUUUGGUGAAACUCGCACAACAACGAGUGAUCUUUACUGUAUCUGCCUCAGUUUUAUAUUCCUCUUAUCCGUCUGUAGAUAUGUUCUAUUGAAUAUUAUUUUCUGAGAGUAUUUUUCGAAUCUAUUUGAAACUCCGAUUCAACUAUCGGCGUUUGUCGCAGGCUAUUCUGAAACAUAAUAACAUAAUAAUUUUAGGUUAUUCAAUUCGAGUAAAAGACUUUUGGUGGCAAAAUCAUGCUAACAAAAUAAACUUGCAUUUUAAUUAAGAAAUCCAUAAUUGUGAACGAAAUA